GAGCCUAACAUAUGGCGACCUGGCAACAGACGCCGUUGCAAUUGUUAAAAAUAAUUUGGAAUUUUAGAUAGAUGCAUGCGUUUCUGGUGCUAAAAACUCACAUAAAUCAUUACUAUGAAGCAAUAAUUGGUUUUGAAAAAUGACGUCCCAAGUUGAUGUUGGCCUUGAGCCAAGAACAUCACCAAAGUUACCUGCCUUGAGGGAAGGGCAGAGUAGCCUUGUGUGCAAGGACAAACUCCCCUCACCACCCACUCCUAGGGAGCAGGCUUCGGAGUGGGCAAAGGAUGUUAGGGCCAGGAUAAAUCAUUGCCUAGACCAGCAACAGGAAGUUACAGAAACUGACAUAAAAUGUCUCAAACAAGAACUUAUUCCAGUGUUUGUUGUGUGCCUUCAGCAAGACAGUCGACAUGGAUGGAAGUAUCUGACAGAAGUGGUAGAGUUACUGGAACCAUAUAAUAGUUACCUUGACCUCUAUGACAUGAAAGCUGAGCUGUUUCAUUACCUUGAGAGAAUAUACUACCAUGCAAAGCUACACAAAGAGAAACUGUUUGAUCUACACAUUGUUGAUGCUCUGGAGAAAGUCUUCCCAAAGGAAAUACAACAGCUUAAAGAGGGAGAUACAAGAAAGUUGAAGAAUUAUUGCGUUGCAAUCCCGUCUGUGAAAUUUUCAGCUGACACACCCAGUCCCAGGGUGAAAAGAAUUGUCCCAGCCCCACCCACACUUCUAAGUCUUCCUGAUGGAACAAACCCAUACUCAAUGUAUAUAAAUACUGAGGACCAGCUUAGAAUGGUGAAACCUUUAACCUUUGGUGACCUCAGAAAAUCCCUGGCAGCAGUUGCUGUUGAUAUGGCAGCAAGAGAGUCAAUCUGGAGUCAUGCCCUAGGUCCAGUAGCCCAAGCGUUACAAACUGACAUACCAGAUGAUAGUAAGACUGUACAGAAAUCCCCUGAGAAAGAACAAGGUGGUUACAAACUCACUCCAAGAACACUGGUGGCUGACCAUACUGCUGCUGAAAGAAAGUUCAAAAAGACUCCAAGAAUAGAGGAAGAGAAGGUACCGAAGAUGACUGGCAGAGAAGCUGUGGCAUAUUUUGCGAAAUGUCAUCACAUGGGAGAAAUAAAAUCUCUUUUUUUCAACUAUACUCCAAGUAGACACUUUGCACCAUACGAUCUCACAUGUGUCCACAAAAAUAAGGUGGAAGAGGAGCAUUUUGUGUUUUCAACAUUUGGCGUACUUCAUGUAUUACCCAAUGCCCCUGGUGAGAGUAAGACCCUGGCAGAGUGGCAGAGGGAGGCAGUACUGUGGAAGGCAGUGUCAUGUAUACCAUUCUUCAAACACUAUCUGAUCAGAAAAAUGUUUGACAGAUGGAGGGCAAACAAACUGUACCUGGAUUAUCUAAGAAAGCAACAAGUCAUCUCUACCACACUGUUACAGAAUGUACCUGUAUUCGGGGCAGCUCUUCUUCAAGUGCUGAGACUUCUGAAAGAGCUGAUUACAGUGACCUUCCUGCCAUUUGAAACAGACAAAAUGUAUCUGUUGACAGACUUUGAAAACAAUAUCAACUACAAGAAUAUUCAAGCCGAAAAAAUACUGGAAAAAUUCUUUACGUACUGUAAAAUGGUGGUUGACAAAACUGCUGAAGAAUCUUUCAACAAGCUGAGAUACUGUGAGGAACAAGUGAAAAAGAAAACAUACUUUUCCAAGGAUUCACUGCACAUGCAAAAAUACAAGAAAGAACAGAGAGAGGAAAAUUUGCGCCUGGCAAGAAGCGAGACUGGACGACUUGGAAACUUUGUCAAAUUGGUAGACCAGAUGAUUGUUGAGCAUAUGUUUUACUUGACAAAGAAUCAGGUCACCAUGUUUGUGAGUACUGUGUUAAAGACAGGGCAGUCACCACUACGGGAAGGCUUUCUGAAAGUAAACUUGACCUUCACUAAACAAGAUGUGCUAGGAAUUUCCCCAACAAAAGAGAAGUUGAUCAAAGUUCUGACAAACACACUGAAGGGUAUACCAACAGUGCUAUGCACCAAUGCGGUGCCUAUGGAUGGUUCUAUUACUGAGCCACCACAAACAGAUUCUCACACUGUUGGUGAUGAGACAGAGUCAUCCAUCCAAAAAUCUGAGCCCGCUAAAUCCACAUCAGACUGCAGACCAGCAAUGUCAGAGAGAAGAAAGAGUACAGCAGCCACUAGCUCUGUGAAACAGGAAAGUAGGGGUCAGUUAUCAAUGUCAAGGUCACAAGCAGGGGACACAAUGACUGUGGUGUCCGGGGCUCACACUGAAAGGACCAUUCCAAUGUCAAAAACUAGAUCUACAAUAGGAGAUGACAGUGAUAUGAAACUUCCAGAUCUUCCUACUGAAGACACCAAAACGAAAGAUGAGGAUGAGAUAGGUAUAGCAACUCCUGACCUUGUGAUCAAGGAUGAUGAACAUCAACUGGUUGUUGAGGGAGAGGGAUUCAUGGGACAGUACAAACCCUUGUCUAGAGCAAGUCUCGAGGAAAAACUGGAUAAAGAUGAUCAGUUUCAAGAGAUGCUUAAAAUGACCUCUGACCUGCUGCAUGAAGCACUGGAAGAAAUUGACUCUUAUUGUGAAUUCAACAAAUGGCUGAAUGAGAUACAUCAGUUCUGUAAGAAAUGGACUGAAAAAUCAGUCAGAGAAUUUAAAGGGGAGCAGGCUUUUACUAUUGAGCAAAAACUGACAGAACUGAAACUAUGGUCAGACAAGGUGCGGAACUUUGACCACUACACACACACAACCAAUGGCCUGUUCUACGUGGAUUGUUCUCACAUACACGACAUUCUGCUGCCUAGAUUGAAUGAGAUCUACUCAGAAUUGGUCGAUUUUGUAGCAGAAGAGGCAAAGUCGCUAGCAAACCACUUCUGUAAUGAUAUGAAGAUAGUCAUCCAGAAUAUGAAGGACAAGAAUGCAUCUGUGGACCAGUUUGCAACAUACGCCAAAAACUACAACCAGUACAAGAAGAAUACAGCAUCUUACCAACAAAAAGUGGAAUAUAUCAAGUCUUUGUAUGAGGUGAUCAGGAUGAGUUACCGCCAGCUGACCAGUGAUGAGGAGAAAUACGAGGAGAAUGUAUGGGCCGCCUGGGAAGCCUUUCUACUACAGAUGCAGGAUGCAUCAGAAUUUGUUAACACUCAGACACCACUCAUGACACAGCUUCUUGAAGACACAUACCAGCCACCAUCUAAACCUGGGGAAGAACCAGAGGAGAGUCUAUAUUUGCAACUAGAAAGAGAGGCAUAUGAGCUUGAAGAGCAAGCAACAAAUGGUAAAUUCCUUGACCCAGAUCAGAACCCUUCAUUUGUACUCAAAGAUAUGAAGCAGAUCCGAGAUAAGUUUUAUGAUAUUCAGAACCAGUUACAGAAGGCAAGUAAAUGGCGAGAGGCAAUCUGUGGUGAGCCGUACGAUCUUACAUUCCUUAAUGAGAUGACGGUAAAACUAGACGUUAGACAAGAACUCUGGAAAUAUGUGGAGAGCUCAACACAUGCAAUCAAAGAUUGGAAAUCUAUGCUUUUCAAGAAGAUGAACAUUAAGAAAGCUCUAGAAAAAGUGAUGGAGUGGCAGGCAGCUGCCAGUCAACUCAAACCGUACCUUCCUCACGGUGACAAGGUCCUAACCACAUGGUUCAAGACCUUGCAGGAAUUCAAGAAAGAUCUACCAGUUCUUCAUAAGCUAGCGAAUGAUGCUCUUAAGGAAAGACACUGGAAAGCCAUAUUUGUUGGGAUGAAUGAGUCCUAUGACCCCAAGAAACAGUUCACUGUAGCUGACCUUUUGACCUAUGACCUUGAAGAGCAUGCUCAGUUGGUGCAUCAAAUUUACCUCGGAGCAGUUGCUGAAUAUGACCUUGAACUUAAAAUAGGUCACAUGAAAAAAUUCUGGCUGGAGAGAGAAUUUAAAUUGGCAAAACAUAUACCUGACAGUCUCUUAGCUUCAAAAGAGGGAGACGAGUCGGAUUCGGAGGUCGAAGAAGAAAUUCCGAUACAGAAACGGCGAAGUACGAUUAUCCCAGCUAAACCCCUGCGCAAAACAAGCAUACAGCCUAAGAGGCCGUCUAGUCCAAAAAGGCGUACAAAACUUGAGAAGUAUCGCCAGGAAAGAGCGGCUGCUAUGAAAGAUGGUACAGCAAGGGGUCUGAAUGUAGCAGAUGAUGACUACUAUAUUCUCAUUGAAGUUGAGGAAUUGAAAUAUCAGUUAGAGGAUAGUCAGAUCAGUAUACGAGGUAUGAUGCAGUCCCCAUAUCUCGGAGACAUGACAGCAGAAGUUGAAUCAUGGAACAGUGCCUUACAACAGGUCGAGGAAAUAGCAGAUCUCUGGUAUACAUGUCAGAAAAAGUGGCUGUACCUGCUGAAAGUGUUUGAGUGGCCUGAACUGUACAAGAGAUUCAAGGAACAUGCUCCAAAGUUUGAAGGUGUUCAUGCUAAAUUCAAGGACUGGAUGCGGGUGGUGUCCAAUGACUCGAAGGUGUUGACUGUGAUCAACAGGCGACGUGGAGAGAAGGGUUACAGGUUACUACAAGGAGACAAUCUCAGGGCACUCUUCUUACAGCUAAUACAGACUCAGGAGGAAAUCUUGAAACAUCUGUCAUCUUUGAUGGACAACUGUAGACAACAGUUUACCCGUCUAUACUUCCUGUCUGAUGAAGAACUUGUAGAAAUGAUGGGUAUCUCCAGGAACCCCCAGGCUCUUCAAACGUUUGCCAAGAAAUGUUUCCUCGGGAUAGAGUCUCUAGCAUUUGCUCUGCCUCCGGGUACAUCAAGUCUAAAUACACACCUGGACUUCGCUUUACAUGCUGAUAAACUACAGGUGAUAGCUCUUAGAGGCAAACAUGGGGAGGAGGUGCCAUUCUUCGCUCAUCUUGAAGCACAAGGCAAGUCUACGAUAUGGCUGAAACUGCUCGAGGGUAUCAUGAAAAAUACCAUAGCAACCAUUCUUCAAGCAUGCGUACAGACCAGAAUGGAAGAUGGUGGAAAAAUUCAGCCAGUUCAUAUCUUAGAUGAGUUAAUAAAAGUUUACAGAGCAAAAUCUGAGUUGACUGAGGAAGAUCUAGCGGUACAGGUCAGCCACCAGUACCAGCACUGGUUGCUACGGUUCCCGGCUCAGUGUGUGUUUGUCGCCGAGGGGAUACUAUGGGAAAGGGCCAUGCAUAGGAUAUUGGAGAAACCAGACUUUGAAAUAGAUGAAUUGAAAUUUUUGAAGUUGAAUGGCAGUUCUAGACUGGAGCAGUAUAUAGAAGUACUGAAGGAAAUGCACAAGACAGGCAUAAAUGAACAUGUAAAACAAAGACUGCAGUCUCUCAUCUCUAUACUUGUCAACCAGAAUAUUGAGCAGAGAGACUCACUAGAAGCUCUGCUAUCAGAAAAAGUGAUCAAUGAGAAAUCAUUCACGUGGAUGAGAAGGUUACGUUACCAUAUGGACAUCAGGAAUGUCCUCCGUGCCAAACAGGAACCUGUAGACCCAGUACCAGCUCCACCUUCAGUCCAGUCUGACCACCAGUUUGUACGCAGGGCGAGCCGGGCCACAACCAGGAAGACAACAUCUUAUACCUCAACUAGAACAAGGAAGGAAUCUGUUGAUGAAACUGCCAUGCAGUCGUUAUCGAGAACAAAAACAAGUGUAUCUACAGAUUUCCAGUUUGGUCCCUGCACUAUAACACAGCUGGGAAAUGUGUUCCACUAUGACUAUGAAUAUUUGGGGCCAGAUACAAGACUUGUAUUGACCCCACUUACAGAAAGGGCUUUCCUGUCCCUCACGCAGGCCUUGAAGAACUUCCACUGUGGUACUCUGACUGGGCCAGCGGGAACUGGGAAGUCUGAAACUGUGAAAGAUCUAGCCAAGAUGUUUGGAUGUUGCCUGUUUGCAAUCAACUGUAAUGCAGAGAUCACAUUACCAAUGAUGACACAGUACAUGAUGGGAAUGGUCCAGUCAGGAUGCUGGGCACUGUUUGAUGAUACAGAUAGGCUUACUAAAGGUCUAAUGUCGGUGACAGCCCAGCACCUUGAUUACCUCCGUACUGCCCUCAGGUCUCUAGAUCUGUCCAGUGAAAACCAGUACAAAAUUAGGGGCCAGCCCAGGGCUGAUAAGAAAACUGGUGUAGGUGAUGCUGUUAUUCGGAGGAACUCAUUGACCACUCUCCACCCACUUCCAAACACGAGUUCAUCACCGCAGCUCGAGAGACAGAAAACUGUUCCGCACGGAUUCAAUGAGAAAGGACUAGUGACAUACUUUGAGGAGACGUGGAUUGCGGAGAAGGAAACUCGGAGACAUUCCAUAGAGCGGGAGAUAGAAAUACAGGAAUCAGAGCUCUACAACAAAAAUAAACCUCCGCCACUCUUCUAUGAACCUAAAAUUUCCGACCUCAUUUCCAACUUCUUCAUGAAACCAGGUUCUAAACAUGCCAGAUUUAAGGGGAAGAAGGCAUCUCCAGACUACAGCAAGCUGUUGAAAGAAUCUGUGUACAAGUCCGAGGUGUUAGGAAAUGUAAUGUUUAACGGAAAACUCAUACAGGCCAAUGCUAACUAUGGUUGCUUCAUGACUGUGAACAUGAGUAACCCGGCAGCUUCGAACAUUCCGGAAACUUUCAGGGUAUUGUUACGACCAGUUGCCAUGGUGGUUCCCGACUUGAGACCAUUUAUUGAAGUAUCCCUGUUGUGUUGUGGGUAUCAUGACUAUGAAAUCUGGGCAAAGAAAUUGACAUUGUUUGUGAAACUUGUCAGGAUGCAUCUACCCAGGAAGAGUCAGUAUAACUUUGGAAUGAAAGACAUGAAGAUGAUUCUCCACCUGUGUGUCAGUCUGCUGAGAGAACUCAUAGAAGCACAGGAAUUUGAAAAGAAAGAAAUGGAGGAUGCUGCAAAGCAGACGGACACAAAAAUAGACACCCCACCACUGGUUGCUAUGGAUACCCAUGCCCUAGAAGAACAGAGUAUUGUACAGAGUAUUCUAGAUGUCCUUCAGCCUGGCCUGGAAUCAGAGGAUGAUGUUGGCACAUUCCUUGAAAUCUUGCGUGAUGUUUUCCCACUCAGUACAAAACCAAAGUCAGUGUAUGGACAGUUUGCUGAUACUAAACUUGUGAAUGCUGUUCGUGAUCAACUUAAUGAAGAUAAUGUGAAGGAAACACAAGAAAUUAUGGACAAGAUCCUACAGCUGUAUGCAACCAUCCAGCAACGAGAAUCAGUGAUUUGUACUGGUCCAGCUGGUUCAGGGAAAUCUACCAGUCUCACUGUACUGUCUCGUGCCCUCAACCGGCUCAACUACCUGCUGUUUGCACCAGAUCAUUCAAAAGAUGAAUUAACACCAGACAGGGACUUUAUGUAUCAUGCCAAAAGCAAAAUGCAGGAAAUGGAAAUGGAUGAAUUUAUUGAAGCAGAAGAGGAAUUUCUCUCUCGUCUUGGUGCACCUAAGGCUGAACCAUCCAAGGGAGGUAAAAAGUUCCGUCACAUGACUUCAAUGCUGACAAAGGUUCAAGAGGCCAUCCAUGAGCUGGAAGUGAAGAAAUCUCCAGAGUAUGCCAUGUAUCCAAAAAUAGACAUGGUUCGGCUCAACCCCACAGCUCUGUCAUGCCAAGAGUUUUUAGGACAUUUCAGUGAUGGUCUCUGGCAAGGCGGUUUGUUACAGAAGAUCCUCCGGGAUGCCAGUUUCAUGUCAGACGCUGUGAAGACAUACUUGAGGAAUUACAAGAAGCAGGAGCAGACAAAACAGAAGCACAAGACGGACCUCCCCUCAGUUCUACUGAAAUGGGUGGUCUUGGAUGGUGUGCUGCACCCCAGCUGGACGGAGGGUUUGAACACGGUACUAGACUGUGAGAGACAGCUGUCUAUGGCUAAUGGUGGCAGAGUAGCAGUCAAUAUGGACAGUACACAAUUGUUAUUUGAGACCACAGAUCUGAGCAAUGUGUCACCAUCAACUAUAGCUCACUGUAACAUAAUACACUUUGGAGAUGCUGUUGUCCACUGGAGUUCCCUGUUUGAAUGCUGGGCAAAAACUGCCAAGUCAAAAUGGAUCUUCACUUCUACGUGCAUGAAGGUGAUAAUUGACCUAGCACAUGAUGUGUUUGGUCCCACUAUCAAGUUCCUUAACUCCGAGUGCACCCCAGCCUUGCUCACUGAUGUAGGUCACACGGUUGCCAUGGCAAACAGAGUGAUUCCUGGAGUACAAGAAGUUUCCUCAUUUAUCAUGAUAUACUCGGCUCUGCUGGAUCGCGGCUUCUCCAGAGACGAGUUUGAGAAGAAAAUCAGCUCCAGGGAACCAGAUGAGGAAACAAAAUUGAUCAUAAUUUCCAGGCAUCUGGAUCCAGCUAAAGUUGCUACACCAAGCAGUAUGGGAGGAACUAACUCGAGGAUGACGAGCAGUUCUCAGAUAGAGAAUAAUAUCUCAAACUAUAUAGAGAAGAUGAAGGGAAUGUUUGCCCUGGCAUACAUCUGGGCAUUUGGUGGUCACCUUCAUGAUAGGCAUCGUGAGAAAUUCAGCAAGUUUGCCCAUGACGUGUUGUACCGAGCUUCAAACCCAGUCCGCAUCCCUCUGCCUGGUACAGUGUUUGACUACACACUAGAUGAAAGUACAGGAUCUUUUGUGCGAUGGACUCAAAAAGCUCAGGAAAGAUCAAAGAACAUUGGAGGGUACAUUGUGACCCCGGAGGUUGAGAAGUACACUUUUCUUAUAGAGUUACUGGUUAACUCGCACCAGCCUGUGUUACUCACUGGACAGCCAGGAGUCGGAAAAUCUUCACUUAUACAUAACAUGGUUUUGCCAAAACAGACUUCUACAACUAUAACAAUGUCUCCAGGAAUGACGUCUGCUAUUUUCCAAGAAUCUCUGAUGGCACAUAUUAUAGAACUGAAGAGUAAAGCCUUGAAUGUAAUCACAUCUGGUCAGGCAGCACCUAGUUCCCAAACUGUGCAGAAACAUCUAUUCUUUAUAGAUGAUCUUAACACUGCCUCAAAACAGCAGGGAUACCAGCCACCACUAGAGUUGUUGACACAGAUGUUGUCCCAGGGAGGUGUGUAUGAUCGUCAGAGACAACAGUUCCAGGAGAUGAGUGAAGCUAUGGUUCUAGCUGCCGCUACACAACCUGCGUGUCCUGGUGUAGGGAUGGGAGAAUCGUGUCACGUGAUGUCAAGCCGGCUGACCCGUCUCUUUAUGAACAUAACGCUAUUCUUCCCGACAGCUGAUGGUAUACUCUCAACAUUUGGAAGAAACAUACAACAUUGGCUUGAGGAGUUCCCAACUUAUUCUGUAGAACACCACUUUGAAUUUGCAAGGGCAUUGACUCUUGGGUUACUAGAGUUGUAUCAACGUGUAAAGGAACGUUUUAAGCCGACACCUUCCCAUGCCCACUACGUGUUUUCUCUACACGACAUCUCCAGAGUGGUUCAGGGUAUACUCCUCAUGUCUCCAAGGUCAAGGACAAGAAAGAUGAUGAAGAUUAAGAAAGACAAGAGGGGCAGUCAAACUACUUCUAGAGCCACAUCCCAGGAUUCUAGAGGACGUGUGAGUAUAGGGGGCAGUAGCAGUAACCAGACAGAGGAGAAAGGAGCUUCCCCACCCAUGAUGAAGGUCAUAGCUCAACUCUGGUGUCAUGAGUGCACAAGAACAUUCUCUGAUAGGCUAGUGACAGAUGAAGAUACUCAGUGGUUUGGAAGGAUUCUAGAAGAGAUUGUAGUGAAGCAGUUUUGUAGUCCAAGAGAUGAUCCUAAAGUAGAAAUGGCUGCCAUCUCAGAGGAAACCUUCUCACAGUCAGCAGGUCACACUUCCCCUCGAGGGACCCCUCUUGCACCUGCACCUGUAACCCCUUCAGACACAGAAGGUGACCAAGGAGAAAUGGAUGAGGAUGAGGAAGGAUCUGAAGGGAAACAUUCACUAGAAGGGGAACAACAAGGAAGCUCUGACAGUCCUAAAUCUUUAGAUUCCAAAAGUACAUCCAGGGCCUCGAGAGCAUCCCGAGGGUCAAGGUCAUCACAAGGGUCAUCAAAGAAGGAAUCAUCUGAAGAUAAUUCAGACAUAGCCAAUCAAUCUCUACCUAUAGAUAUAGAAGACAAAGAGGACUCUGGUGAGAGUGCUCAGACAUCAGCUCGGGAACCAGGGGAUCUUGGACCCGGAGCCAUCUCAGAGAGUGAAUAUGAAACUGAGAUAGAAUCUGAUUCAUCAGAAGCUUCAGAGACUGAAACUGAGACUGAAACUCUUGCUGGUACACCUCGUGAUGCAGGUGGGACAACUGUAGAUGACUCUAGUCGAGGAACUUCAAGAACAUCAGCAACAGUAACAACAUUGAAAACAAUGAGUACGUCUUAUAAGUAUUCCUCCAAAAGUACCGACAGCAGUGAUCCAGAACUUACCGACCGCUCUGUACACGACAAGAAGGGAAAACAUACAAAAUUCGUAGAUGACUUUAUGAAGGGAACACCCCGAUUCAAGAAGCAGUUUUCACAGCGGGGCAGUGUAAGCUCAUCCAGACAUGUACAUUUCAAGCCUGGUCUGAUGACAGACAAGGAGCAUAUAGCAUACUUUGGUCCACUUGUAAAACUGGACGAGAUCAAAGGCGGCCAGGAGACUCUGACAGAUUUCAUCUUCUGUAAAUACUAUAUGACCACACACACAGAAACCCAUGGAAUAUCUAUUGAGAAAGGGUAUGUAGAUACCUCAGAAGAAACACUUAUUGAUGCAUUACACACAUGUUUGAAUGUUUACAACAUUGGUACGUCUCAGAGACUUGAACUUGUGUUCUUCAAGGAGGCUAUACGUCAUGCUGCAAGACUUAGCAGAGUUCUGGCAUUACAGGGUGGUCAUGCACUUUUACUGGGAACCUCUUACUCUACAGGGAGAGCCACUCUGGUCAGACUGGCCUCAUACAUCGCUCAUUGCAAGAGUCUACCUGGGUUUUGUUGUUUGUCCAACUGUAGGGGAUUGUAUGAACCAAAGGCUCAAACUGAUCCAUCAAAGAAUCUGCGUAUCGUGCGUGAACACAUCAAGCGUGCGUGUCACCAUACAGGAAUACUUGGAAAACCGACGGUACUUCUGGUACAUGAGGAUCUGGGUAUGGAAUGCUUGCAAGAUGUGGCAGCACUCAUGUCACAAGGGACCAGCCCAGGGCUGUAUACAGAGGAUGAGCUACAGAGUAUAGUAAGCCAGAUGAUGCCGGGUGGGGUACAGACUAAACGUAUAGACAAGAUAGAACAAGCCUUUGAGAGGUUUAUCAAGAGGAUUAAACAACAUCUACAUGUCAUUGUUUGCCUAAGCUUUAGAGGAAACAGUUUCAGUUCAAAUUUCAAGAGUUUACAUAAUGUGAUGUGUAAGUUUCCUGGCUUGUUGAAACACUCCUGCUGUGUGGAUCACUACCAACCCUGGCCAUUCGAGGCAUAUGUUAAGAUAGCCCGAGUCUGGCUGGAGGAUGUCAAGUCAAAGGUGUACAUACCAUGGCAUCCUACAAGAAAGAUGGAACAAGUGGAGAUGAUGUCCAAGGCUAUGGCAUAUAUCCACAUGUCUGCCAAGGUUGCCAUGGAGAGACAAUAUUGCCACCAGAGGGAGCCACUGAGAUUUUUCUCUCCAUUGACCUUCAUGGAGUUUGUACAUGUCUUCAGAAUCAUCUCUGCCUAUAUUGUCAAACAGGAGACUGGAAAUAUUCAUAAGCAUGAGAGAGCACUGAGUAAAGUGAAUGAAGCAUUCGGUAGCAUCAGUGAGUUCAAGAGAGAAGUUUCAGAUCUCAGUCCUCAACACAAGUCAGCUGUAGAUGGAAUUAAAGGAUUGGUAGAAGAAGUUGAGGCUCACAAACAAGAUUAUAUUGUGGCUCUUGACAAAUGUAAAGAGCAGGAACAGCUGAUAGAAGAACUGCAAGGUCCGUUAGAAAGGUUGAGAAAAGAUGCACAGUCAGAGUUUGAUAAGUUUCAAAAGUUCAAAGAAGACUAUGGAUUUGUAGAUUACUAUACACCCUCCCAGUAUAGGUUGAAUCCUAACUACAAGGCAGCCAUUGACUGGGAAAAUGGCAAACUAUUAAUGACCAGGGAGAACUUCAUCCAGGAACUGAUAUUUUAUGACAAAGACAAUAUCCCCGAGGACAUGUUCCAGGAACUCUCGAGGCUCGUUAAGCAGCCAUUGUUCCAGCCGGAACUGGUUAUGUCUGUCAGCAAGGCAGCUACAGGGAUCUGUACUUGGGUUCAUUCAGUGCAGAAAUACUCAGAUAUUCACAGAAAUAUGCAGCCUAGGCUGAAAAAUCUGAUGGAACAAGAGGAAAAAUUCACAAGGGCUCAAGCAAAACUUGGUCAGUUGAGAGUAGAUGCUAACAGGAUAAAGAGUGGCCUAGAGAGGAAGAUCCAGGCACAUAGAGCGGCUGUGAAGAGGGCUAAAACAAUACUUAAACAGAUGCAGAAUAUAGAGAGGAAAAUUUCUCGAGCUGUAAACUUGAUGGAGAACAUGUCAAUGCAGCAUUAUAUGUGGAAGUCAGAGCUCCGUAAAGCCAAACACCAGAUCUUCACUGCACCUGGGGAUGCUUUGAUCACUGCAGCCUGCGUCUGCUACCAGGGACCGCUGUCUGACAAACUUAGGUCUCAGCUGUUGCAGGACUGGUUAGACAGGUGUAAACAGGGUAACUUUAAACUGCCUAAAGCAGUUGGGCAAGAUGUAUACCAGCUUGGAAACAGUUUAGAGGGAUGGUUUGGGUUUGAAUCUCAGAAAGACCGUGACUCCAUUAGUGAAGUGUCAAGUUCUCAGACGGACACUCAGAGCGAGGGUGGACUGUUUGCCCUGCCAGAGGUACGGACUUAUAAAUACCAGCCAGUAGUGUAUGAUACAAGCAAGUAUUACAAAUCUGAGCUAAAACGGCAUGGGAGUGUCGAGUAUGAGCCAACAAGUGCCGAUGCCGAUGAUUCGGAUGACGAGGAUGAACAGAGUCCUCUAAUGACACGGAAUUCUUACUCCUUACAGGAAAUUCUCAGUGAUUUUGAUGAACUUAGUAAGUGGCGACUAGACGGCCUUCCAACGGAUCUACAUUCUGUGCAGAAUGCUUUACUAAUGAGAGUGAGCUGUUACAAUCGUAAAUAUUGCUGGCCGCUACUGAUAGACCCUGAUAAUCAAGCAGAGACGUGGGUGAAGGCCAUACAAAUGAGUGGGAAUAUUUUCUCUGAGAAGGAUGUGAGAGAUGCAGAUGAUGAUGAUGAUACCAAUGACCUUCCACAACUACCGUCAGAAAAAGAUGAGGAAGUCACUACCCCAUUGCCACCAAGUCGUGGUACUGGUGUCACGUUCUCUGACUAUACUGUAGAUUAUCCACGUGAUGGUGACACAACACGGAGAACUAGCACCACAUCUAAUACACUAACUACCAACACUGGCACAGAAUUCACUAAAAGAUCACAUUCUCGUAACACAUGGGACAGUGAGCAACUUCGCCCUGUUACAUCAGUGACAGCAAGUUGGGAAAUGUACAGUUUACACCCAGACCAUUCUAUAGAACAUCCAAAAGAUAAUCUAUGGAUCAUUGAGGCAGACGAUCCAUUACUGGACAGUCGGCUUAUAAAUGCUAUUGUUCAUGGUGUGACAGUGUUGAUCACCCACCUGGAGAGGAAACCAAUUGAUCCUCUGUUCAGAGGCCUGCUACUGAAACAUUUCUAUGUGGACAAAGAUGGUAACAAGGUUGUCAGAGUGGGAAGUUAUGAGUUCCGUUACCAUCCUGACUUUUGUCUCUACCUGAGCACUUCUGUACCAUUGUUCCUGAAAGGUGAUGGUCUACACAACAUUCCGCUGCACAGAAUGUGUAUCAUCAACAUGUCAUUCAGCGAUGAGGCAAUUAUCAACUUCCUGCUACACGAGACCAUGAAGGUAGAACGGAAAGAAUUUGAAGGUCAGAAGAGGUCAAAUGAAAAUGACAUCAUCCAGCAUAGACGGAAACUGGCACAAGAACAUGAAAUGAUUCGAGAAAAGACAUUGAAUCUGUUUGGGCCAAUUCUUGAAGACCAGACAAUGCUUGACUCCUUGAUAAAUUGUCAAAAGGAAGUUGAGCGUAACAAAAUCAUCCUUGAAGAGACACGUUACAUGGGCGACCAUCUUGAGGAGAAAUUCUCACACUAUGUUCCUAUGAUCAUGCAGGCGGCCAUGUUGUACAGCAUGAUUCAGCGAAUGUCAGUGCUGCAUUCGUAUUAUUACAUGCCGUUCUACAAAUUUGUGGAGAUGUUUACUGGGAUGAUAAAGUCUAGAGAUAGGGGAAAAGGAGCAAUGGGUGCCCCGGCAUCAAGAGCUAAGGAACUGUCUGACGCAGUCUAUACCAACAUCUUCAAGUAUGUGUCUAUGAUGAUGUUUGAGCAGCACUUCCUGUUGCUGCAGCUCCUCGUGGCCCUGGAGAGGCUCAGACUCAGCAAGAAAGCCUCGUGCAAGGAGCUCGGUAUCUUCCUGAACGGGUUUGACAAGCAGGGCCUGGAGGAAACGUCCCUGUCAGAACACAAGCCAGACUGGAUGGAGGCUCAAGCCUGGAUUGACUGUCUGGUAUUGGAGCAGGUCCACCAUGCCUUCCAUGGACUGAGGAAGUCUUUACUCACCAACACUGAACAAUGGAAGGAGUACUUUGAGCACCCGGUAUCUCUAAUGAACACAGUGCCAGGUACAACCAUGCAGGAUCUCUUCAUCUUCCAGAAAUGUCUGCUCUGGAAGUUUGCUGCACCUGAAAGGUUAUCUGAGGUUGCACAGGCUCUGAUAUUGUAUGAGUUGGGAAGUAUCCGUACAGAACCUGACCACUACAACAUCAAGGAAGUAUACAGUAUUACCUCUAACACAACACCAGUUGUGUUUGUUCUCCCCAAUGAUCUGCAGGAUACAGAUGUGUCUGAAGGAACCAAAGGUAUUCCAUAUGUCAGUCCUUCACAUGAGGUGAAACGUCUUGCCAAGGAGGUUGGUAUGGAGGGAAAGGUGAAGGUCAUGAAUUUUGGAGUUGAUGGUCAGGUCGCAGAGGUCAAACAUGCAGUAGAAGAUUGUAUACAGACUGGUUACUGGCUUCUGUUACAGAACUACCAUCUAGCAGAGGAACCAGAGCCAGAUUUUUUCCAACUGUUGAAGGAUAUUGUCUACACAAAAUGGUUGAAGAAGGAUCAGUUGCGUGAGCAGACGUCUAUUCAGGAUGACACAAGUUCGCUCAUAACAUAUUCCAAGACCACAAAACAGUCUGGAAUCUUGAGUAUAAACAACUGUUUCCGUUUGUGGAUCACAACACAGUCUGACAGGGGCAGGCUUAUACCAGGAGUAUUGGUACAACAUGGUAUAAAGGUGACAGCAGAGAGCACUGGGAACUUUAAGUCUACCUUACAGAAGGCAUACAGAUCUGUCGCCUUCCUGCUCCAUAACUUUCAACUCUCACCUGACGAGACACCUAGUGAUAAAACAGCAAGAAUUAUGCCCCUUGCUCUGCUGCAUUCACUGCUACUACAACAGAGUUACUAUGGCAACACAGUAUUCAAGGCCAGACACCAUUGGUCACUUACAGACCUUGCAAUGGCAGUAGAUGUCUACAAAAAGGUGAUGUUGAAGUGUGACAGUACAGACAAUGUACAGGAGUUGGUGGCCCAGGUAUAUACAGACCACUGUACUGACACAACUGAUGCUGUUGUUGUGAAAGCUCUGGUAGAGACACUGGCUAGAUACGCUGCUCUUCCUGCUGACCAGAUAUCACAGCAGUCGGAUGAAGGUAUUGUUAGACUGUUGAAGAAACUGCUACAUAAAGAUGAGGGACAGUUCAACCUAAAGCGUGCUGUAGAUUCCCUGGAGGAGCUCUCGGCAAGGACAUUUGGACUUCCUGAUACAGCAGAUGCAGAACAAACUGCAAAUGUCAGCAGUAUUUUAUCAAGAGACAUGGUGCAAGUUAUUGGUGCUCCAGAAUUAUUUAAUCGUGUUACCAUGGGAACGAGUGCAGCCGUCAUUUCUAGGGAACUUGCUAUCCCUCAGUAUAUUUCUAUGGUGCAGAAUUUACCGCUUUUACCGGAAACUAACAAAAACCAGGUGUACCCAAUUGACAUAUUUUUACACUAUGAAGCAGACGGCUACAAGAAAUUAAUUGAAACAGUUACGAACGAUUUGAGUCUGCUGCAAAGAAAAGCUAAAGGAGAAAUAUUACCAUCGCCAGAACUAAAUGAAGUGAUUUAUUCUAUAAAUAGAAACAUUGUGCCAGUAUCAUGGACCAAUCAGGGUUUCCAGUCUGCAGGAUCAAUUUCUGAUUGGCUGAAUGAGUUAGCUGUUAAACUAAAAGUGCUAAGAUCAUACAUCUUGGAUAACAAACCAGCAUCAUAUAAUUUGUCAGUAUUUUUACGACCAGACCGAUUCUUGGAAUCUGUGAAGCAGACGUACACAAGAAAACAGUUCAAGGACAUUGACUGCGUAGAGUUCAAGGUUGAGGUUAUGCCUGCUGGAUUGAAACCGUCUAUGCCACCACCAGAGGGCGUUUUUAUUUCUGGUUUCUAUCUGCACAAUGCGUUAUGGGAUAGCACUAGAGCCGUUUUAAUGAUGCCUUCAUCGGACAGCUUAGGUCUACAGGAGAUGCCGAUAUUUUGGCUCAAACCACUGGAUGCCUAUACCUCGCAGACACCAAGACGGUUGUACGAGUUGUACAAAUGCCCCGUUUAUUGUUCGCGAGAUACAAGGCAACAAGGGGAUAAGAACGUUGUUGUGCAUUUUUCACUGCCUACGGAAAAUGACCCAAGUGUGUGGCAGUACCAGAGAGCUUUUUUAACUUCUAAUAUUCCUCAGUCUAUGUGACAUUAUCUACCAUUCUCUGGCAAGUUUGCAGUAAUGUGCAAGGUACCCCCAGCUUUGUUACCAAUAUUUCCUGAAGGAAAGACUUGGAAAGAAACCGAGAUGGAAAAUAUCUGCUUGUGAACUGUUGCGAUGAACAAACAUACUUGUUGUUAUCAAAUGAUGCAGUAAAAACUGUUUUAAUUGAAAACAGGAUAAUUUUAAGUGCAUUUUAUUUCAACAGCAGAAAUGCAUAUGUCUUGCUGUAGACUUGUAAGCAGUUUUGUUUGAUGUUUAUUUAGAGAAAUGAUUAUAUUUUCUGUUCGAUACAGUUAUUUUCUUACUGCCAGUUUUUUGCACUAAUGAACAUUGGAGUUCUGAAAAUUCAAUUUUCUGCUCAAAUUGAAGGGAAAACGAACAAACAACUGUUGGAGAAGAUUAUUGACUAUUUUAAAGAUGGAAAAUUCAUUCCAUUCACUGGCAGUAUUCCAAAAAUUGUUUUUUUGAACUUCAAAAAUGCAUUAUUUUGUAAUUGCUAUCCAAGAACUUACAUUAUUAUAUACUUAUGACUAUAGUACAAGUUUUCCUUUAAGUUUUUAUGAUAUACAAGUUUUUUGUUCGAUUUAAUGCCGUCCAUUAUAAAUAUUGUAUUUAUCUUUGUAUUUAUUUUUUAUGCCAAAGAUUUUUUUAAGCUCUUACAAUGUUAAAUGUACAGGUGUUAAAUGUACAGGAUCCCAUAUUUGUCAGUAUUUUAAUGCAGAAAUUGUCAGCAGUUGUUCUCAGAAUUUUCUGAAAACUCAAGAGUUCUAUCAAAACUGUAAUAAAUUUCUAUAUAGUGGUGAUACUUUGGCAAAUUGAAAUUGAACAUGUUCAUUAGUCAUUUCUAACUUGGUGAGUGAAUAGUAUGGGUUCUGAUUUAUCUGUGAUAUAAAGUUGAUUUUUUCUGCCGAGUGAAAAUGUACUUCUUACAUAAUUAUUAUACAUUGUUUUCUUUUGGAAAAAAUAAACAUUUCAGAAAAAAGUACCAAA